GGCAAAACAUCAUUCCCGGAAGGAUUGGUUUACGAGACAACAGAGUGAACAGACGGGAAAGAGGGAAGACCCAGGGGAAAAACUAAUAAGGUUCAAUUGCGUUUGCUCAGACGGGAAAAGCGCCGACCGACCUCAUAGCUUUUCGAUGGACAUCACGACUUGCCCCUUCUGCCAUCUGAGAGUUCUUUCUGUAGAACUGGAAAGACAUGCAAACAGUCACUUCGACGAUGAAGACGUUGUUAACGAUUUCGAGUUGGGACGAGACGUUGCCCUUGCUCCUUCUAGUUCCCCCCAGGUUAGUAGUGCAACUCUCCGUAAAACUGGUGCAUGGGAAAGGCCUGAGAGUAGCUCUUCAAGUUCUCGUAUGGAUGGUCGAGCGUCUGAGGGGAGAGACUUGGGUGAACGAAUAAGCUGCUUAGUCAAUCUGCAGAUGAAGGGAUCUUUUUACCAUGUUGAAGGAGGCAUGAUUAACAUGCUGAGAAGCUGUUUGGAAUUAGAACCUGAGAACUGUGUCAGUCGGUUGUGUGGUUAUGUAGAUCAUUUUGAAAGCAUCACAUCAGAGGAUGUUGGAUGGGGGUGUGGAUGGCGCAAUAUUCAGAUGCUCAGCUCUCAUUUGCUCAACCAAAGACAAGAAGCAAGGAACGUUCUCUUUGGUGGCUCAGGGUUUGUUCCUGAUAUCCCUUCGCUCCAGAGAUGGCUUGAAAUUGCCUGGGAACAAGGCUUUGAUAUGGCUGGGUCUAAAGACUUUGAUCAAGAAAUCUAUGGAAAAAGAAAUUGGAUUGGAACUACAGAAUGUGCUACCCUCUUCCGUUCUUUUGGUCUUCGUGCUCGAAUAGUGGAUUUCUGUAGUAAGACAAUUGCACCGAAGGUUUAUGGACCUAUGGACAAAUAUGUGUCCAAGUGGAAAAACAAUGUUUCUGACCCUGUAUCCUUUACACAUGAUGCAAAUGUUAAGGGACAGGAGGUUCUCAUUGAUUGGGUGUGGAAUUACUUUUCUGACCCUAAGUGUACAAGAUCUGACAAUAGACAUGUCCUUGUCAGUCUGAAAGCGCCAUUGUACUUCCAACAUCAAGGCCACUCAAGAACAAUUGUUGGGAUUCAAAAGAAACUUCAGAAAAAUGGCUCGAAGCAAUACAAUCUUUUGAUCUUAGACCCUGGCCAUAGAACCAAAGAUCUGGCAAAAUCUCUCAGAGACAAUGAUGGAUGGCAAAGGCUAAUAAAAAGAGGUGUGCACACUCUGAGGAAGCCACUAUAUCAGUUGUGUUUUAUUGAUCAUGGAGUCGCUUUUGGGGAAGAGGUUGAAAAACUGAAGAACUUACAAAGCAUUCGUCAUGAAUUUUAGUUUUGUUAUAAGGGUUGAGUGGCUUCUUAUUUCCACAACUUUACCUUCGGCUAUAACAACUAUGGUACUUCAAACUCUGAUUUGUAUUACUUGUAAAUGUGAGCCACCAAAGCUGUGCAGCUGUAUUAAUAUCUGUGCGCUCAAGGACUCACCCUUGCUUUUUAAUCUUUUUGCUAGAGUUGUUGCUCUAUCUGGUAAUACCGUGGGUUGACCUUAUAAGUAAAUGCCAUUUCUGGACUGUUCGCUGCUUUUCUCCACCAGAAUAGUUGAGAUCCUUCCUCCCCUAUUCUGUAGCACAGUAUCACAUGCAUCAGGCAAACUGCUUACAAAUUCAUGGAUGCUUGCAGCUUCAGAAACUCUUUUUCUCCUAUAGCAGAUAUGUAUAUGAUUUAGCAACUGAAUUGGAUCCUGAUACAUUAUACCUACCUCUGCAAAUGACGUUUUAGGUUGUAAUCAACAAGUAUUUUCUAUCAGUCAGAACUCUUGUUUCAUCGAUAUCAUAAAAUCUCAGAUUCUUGGCAGAACCAACAUGAAAGACUUUACAGCUGCAUUUGGCUAAACAAAGAAUACUUCUUUUCAACCCUCUGUUUGGAGUCUGAAAUUGUGUAGUGCUGCUACUUCUGGCCUUGGAUGUUUAAUGAACCUUGGUAUUGGAUAUUUAAGUUCCCUUUUGAUGGCAUAUGAUGGGGAAUCUUCUUGUUUGCCUUGUUUAGUAUAUACACACCUGCCAAGUAAUAUGAUGGGUAUCAGGGUCCACAAUUCAGUGACUAUGGUACUGUGCGGGAAUAUCUAUGAUGAUCUUAUGUGGUUCUCAAAGCUAGCUUGCCUUCUCCCAAUUAAAAUGCCUGUGCAUAAAUCAAUUAUAUGUUGGGAUCGUCUCAUGCUUGAGGCUCUCUUUCCUGCGUCUAUGCAGCAAUUGCUUCAAUGAAAGUCUGGUCUUUUGGAAGAAUGUGCUCUUCAGGUGUCUCAGAGAAAGCUAAUUUAUUUUUGCAGUUCAGACGCAACAUACACUUCGACAAAGGUAAACAUUCAGGUUGUAUCUUUGUAAAAUGUGCUUACAUGUGCUAGAAAAACAAAAGUAAUAUUGGAGGAUGCUCCAAGAAGGAAGAGAAAGGUGGGAUGGCUUCACUUGUGGGUUAACUUUCUUUCUAUUUGGAAGUGAGUGUUGGUAUGCAGAGAAUGCAUUUAGGUAGGGCACAGACCGAGGUUGGUAGAUGAGUUCGCUUAGUAUAUGAGACAGUUUAAGGUAGCCAGAGAGGGUUGUUGAGAUGAAAUACAAAAACAUUUGUUAAGGUGGCUCAAGAGAGAUUUCCAUAUUUGAGCAUCCAGUUCAGACUCUCAAAGGGGAUCUUACUAUCAGCAGUGAGUUUCAAUUGUGAGGGGAGGCAGCCACUCAGGCAAAGAUGGUUUAAUUAUGGCAGCUUCAGAGUAGUUAUAAUAGCCAUAGUACUAACAUCAAGCAAUUAGCAUAUACUGGAGAAUCAAAAUCAUCCAUGGUAUGGUGCUUCAGAUUCAAAGUGUUGCAACAAUUCCAAUCAAUCAAGGGUCUUUAGCUCUACAGCCGGUGUAUGGAGACAUGGAGGUUGCUUCCUCAUUCAGUUAUCUUUUCAUCUCUACUGUCAUUACUUCUGUUACUGCAUUGAUGUGCUGUAUGCCGUAUGACUGUAUGCGUAUAUAACUUGUACCAUCUUGUGUGUUUAUACUUGUCCUUUCAUUUGCACGUAUGAUUCGUGUAAUAGGUCUAAAAUGGAAUGACAUUUCUAAGGACCGACCUAUUCCAUUGUUUGUUAAUGCAUUUUAUUCUCGGAAAA